GAAGUGAACUUAAACUCGAUGAAGAAGACAAGUGUGUCAGAGUGAUCUGAGCGACAAGGCUGGAGGAAUGCAGGAAGAAGAAAAGAUACAUCAACAUGCCGCCUCUUCUCUCUCUGCCCCUCCUGGCGUGGAUCGUUGGUUUGUGUUCAUGUGCUCCUCUACAACUACCUGAGGUGCGAUGUUAUGUUGCAAAUCUGGAAUAUGUAAAUUGUACAUGGAACGCACCCAAAGAUCCUGCCAUCAACUUCACCAUCCUGGCAAACUUCAUAGAUGAGCCUAGUCUGUGUCCGUCAUACCUGCUGAAUAGAGAGGGCCAGGUGGAGGGCUGCAAGUUUGAAUAUAAGGAACCACAUCGAUUCAACACCUUUCGCACCCUACUGCUCGGACCCGGCAACGCCUCAGCACGCCAGGAACACAAAAUGAAAGACACAGUGAAGCUGGACCCCCCCACCAGGCUGGCACUGCAUUGGGAGCAGGUGGGGCAACUGAGACUGAGCUGGGAGGUCACCGCCAAAUACAACAAGCCACACUGCAUUAAGUGCAGAGUCCAGUAUGGACGCAACGGCAAGUGGCAGAGCCCAGUGGACCUUGUUCCUGGAACCUUCGAGUACUCUGUGAUGUAUCGCUCCAACAACAGCCAGCACUGGUUCCAGGUGCAGGUACGCAUUGAUGGCACGUGCGGCGAUUCAGCUUGGAGCGAGUGGAGCCCUCUUGUGGAGUGGGGGAACCGUACAGACAGUACACCUCCCAGGAAGCCCCCAGUAGGGUCAUGGAUGGCUGUUAUCCUCUACGCCUGCCUGGCCACAGUUGUGCUGGGGCUACUCACCUGUCUGCUGGUGCACUGUGAGAGACUGCGGAUCACGUUCCUCCCCGUGGUGCCCACCCCAGGCAAGAACCUGACGGAGCUCAUUGAGACGUACAGCGGGAACGUGGAGAGGUGGCUGAGCAUCUCCAAGGAGAUGCAAGAGGGCUUCAAGCCCUCGUUUACCGAGCGCACAUGCCCAGUACGGGAGGAAUACCACCUCCUCACCCCGACCAGCGUGGAAAGCGACAGUGGUGUCUCUCUCUCCGACUCCCCCUCUUCCUCAUCCAUCUCUUCUUCCUCCUCCUCCUCCACCUGCAGUUCCUCCGAUACCUCGCCCAAUGACUCCUACUGAAGCACUCUGAGACCUGAGCCUUGUAUUGUUCAAUCAUAGUAUAUGGAUAUCAUUAAAGACAGAGUUUUUAUUUUUCCGUUUACAUGUAAACAUGGCAUGGAUAACACAAAAUCACCAUUGUGACAGGUACGUUUUAGGAAUCUCUAUUUAAAUAAAUGAAAGGAACUAAAACUCUGUUUACGUGUAAAAAAAAAGGCCCAUGAGUAUGCAUUUAUAAAAAAUAUAUGUACAAUUGUACUGUAAAUGGGGUCGUGGUCCUCCUUUUUCGCAGUCACAGUUGAUGUUGACAAGCAUGUUUCUUUUGGUGAAAUUCAACAACUUUUGAUGGCAUCCAUACAGCUCCAAACCAUUUAAUUCCCACCACCAUGCUUGACUUUAAUCAUGGGGCACUUUUCCUUGUACAAAUCACUUAUUACCACCACACAUGUUUGACGCCAUCUAAUGCAAAAUUGCCAGCUGGAUUUUAGGGACUGCGGUCAAUUUCAACAUUUACCAUACCUUUGCUGCUUGUGACGGAAAAUAAAUACCAUGACUUGUGGUUAAUUCACUUGCCCUGGGAAAGAUGAUGCUUUGCAUUUUAAAAGUAGAAAUGACUAGACUGUUGUGUUCAAGUGCUUUUGUUGCCGAAGUUUCUCCUGACAGUGUUGCUACUGUGCAUUUUUUUUAAACUGCUAAAUACGCAGAACCAUUUUGUGAUUCAUAUUUUGUGAGCUAUUUUGUGAGUAUUCUUCUCCUGGUGGUA